GUAGAAGCAUUUAAAUAAUCCCGUGAAUGCACUGUAAAUGCAAACAUGCUAUUUAAUUAAAAAUAUUAAUUUGACUUUAAUCAGUUUUUAUCAACCUGCUAUUUACACUUGCUUUUAGUAAGUUACUUGUACUUUGAGGUUGAAAAAUCUUACCAGCUCAGUUUACUUGAGUUAGAUUAAUUUAGAAAAAGUAAGUUUAUGAUCUGUGGGCAUGCGCAGAUCAGUCCUCUCUACGCUAGAUAGGCGAUAUUUGUUCACCACUAUGGCCCCGCCCUUCAAUAGCUACUAUUGGCCAGGCACUUACGUACCUGAUUUGUACAGGUCAUAUCCCCUGACCAACCUUAACCAAUCCAGGUGAAUUGCCUAACCCCAACCAAUCAAGCUGCUUCGUAGGGCGGGUCUUGGCGUGGCGGGAUUCGUAAUUUUGCAGACAUGUCACAUCGUGCCUGCAACUGACCAAGUGGAGCUGGACCUAAACAUCGCUUCAACGGCGCUUUUGUUUAUCUUCAUCAUAACAGCGAUUCUUGUGCUUGGCACACUCAUUUGGUGAGUAAAUAUUUUAACCUUUUGCAGACCGUUUUGUUUCUGUACGUUAAAUUAGCGUCAGUGUGUGCUUGCUAGUACUGAUGUGUGUGUAGUAAUGUCGGUUAAAGCUAGCUAACUAACAUGGACAUAACGUGGCUAUAUUUUGAUGAAACUUGGUCAAUACUUCAUUAUUUUUUCAAUCCAAAACUUCCUCUGUGUUGAAAAUAGGUAACUUUAAAGACUAGUCACUUUCAAAUUGAGGAAAAACUUUAGUGUAACGGUCGCGGGCGUGCUCGUCAUGCGAACGUGCCCGCGCCCAUCUGACUAGCAUGAUGACAAACUGAUCCCGGCGGUUUGUGAGUUUACUGAGCUUUAUAACUGUUGUUUAUAAACUCAGGCAGAAUAUCAGAACAAGUCUGGAUGUAUCAUUUUAUUUUAAGAUAGGCUGUAAAGUUAAUAACAGUCUUGUCUUUAUCAAAGACAGGAUUACCACUGUGUUUUGACAUAUGAUUGGGGAUAUCUCCACAGUCAACUACGUUAACUUAAUGUUAUUUUAUUUAACACUCAGCACUUAACACUAGUCGAUAUUCGUAGCUGUGCCGUUUCCAUGGUUACCAUGUGUAAUACCUAGAUCAGACUCGGUACAGAGGAGUAGAGUGUCUCCCUGUCUGAAAAUAUUGUUACACUCCGUUUAUCAUAGCCUGUUAUGAAUGUAUUUGCUGGCAUACUCAGUGGCUUACAUUAUUCUUUAAGGUCAUCUUGUACAUAUGUACAUUUUAAUACUGGGAACUGUCAUUGUGGGUUAUAGGCUUAUGUUAUAGUUUUCACAUGUACUUGUAUUUGAGUUGUGGUGAGCUAUGGUUGUGUUAAAAUGUUGUAUUUUUUUUUUUUUUAUUGUCCCCUUCCAGGCUCAAGCAGAUGGUGAUCAAUCCACACAUAGGUAGUCCCAGCAGUAAAAGAUACUGUGGGGUCGACUUAUAGCCCAUCAAGAUGAUGACUUCAGCAGUGUUGCACAAGCACUGAUCAGAAAAUACCCCUGCCUCGCUGAGCCUGGACCACACAAAUGGUAUGGCUGGAAAAACAGCCUUAAAUUUAAGAUGGCCAAUUAUCGCACAAAGUUUCGAAAAGCUGGAUGUGAGGAUGUAGCAAUCCUGGUUGAAAAUGGUUGAACGAUGGCCAGCACUCUUCACAGAGAGACAGGUGUUUGCUGAGUUUAAUAGAAUCGCCAGUAAGAAUCUUGAGGGAGACUUUUUUGAGGCUCUGGACCAGUACACGCCACGUUUCAUCAAACUCUUCAAAACAAAGAAGGGAACUGUUGGUCAGAAACUCAGGGAGCUGAUUCAGCACAUAAGCUGUAAGACACCAGACGUGACAGUACUUCACUCUGUUGUCCUCAAAGGCAUUCCCAUUUUACUCUGUGAUGAAUCCAGUGAAUUCUACAAGACCUGCUCUGAUACAACGAGAGACGAGGCCCUAGAAUGCAUCACUGUUGGUGUGCUGACAGUUGUCAGUGAAGAUAGUCCUCAUGAGGGUCAAAGCUCAGUGGACCUCCAGCCCAUUUCCACUUGCAUCAUUCUGGAGGGAGGUAUUGUCAUGGAUCAUAUUAAAAACUUGCCUCAGGCAGUUUGUCUGUUGUUUGGACUUACAUAUGUAUUGCAUUUGGAUUACCCAAAAUGCAUGGUAAAUACACUCAACUUCAUUCAGACUGUGAUGCUUGGACUGGGAAAGAAAAAACUCCCAUCAAAACUGUUAACUCUGAAGAACAGUCUUCUGGGUUAGAACAGUAAAGAGCUGUCAGAUAGCACUUUGUAAGCUUUGCAGCCAUUAAUGUUCUCCUGUUAUCAGAGAAAGUUUGAUGCUUUCAUGCAACUGUUCACGCUAAUUUACGAUCUCAUUUUAAAAAAGAAAAAUUCCAUUGAAGUCUGUACCAUGUUAUGCAGGUAUGCUAAUGGUGGAAAUUGAGCUGUUUGCAAAGUGUGGUUAGUUAUUAUUAGAUGAUAAUGUCAGAAAAUAACCUAGCAAGGUUGUCCUGUUUACAUUUGUGUUUUUGGAAAACUUUUAAUAGUUUUAAUGUAGUACAAAUACAAACCCCAAGGACUGAUUUUUUUUCUUUGUGGUGGUUUAAUCUUUGGACUGUUCAAUUUGAGAAACAAAAGCAUUUGUUGUACUUACAGCUUUGAUCAGAAAUGCACUGAUUUUUCCAUGCACUGAAGUCCUGUAGUUAUCAGGUUUUUACCUGUUUAAUAUUGGGAGACUCUUAUUAGCUCACAGAAAUGUGGUUUUAUUUUUUAUAUUUUUCCUUUAUUUUCUACAGUUAAAUCAAACAACAACUUUGUUGUUUAACUGCUGUUUGUACUUGAAUGUGCAUUGAAUAAAUGUUGUAAUGGAGCUGAA